AUUACGAUCAAUGCGACCAGUUGUUGUUGAGUUCUUGAAGGUGAAGGUGAUAUUCGUUAUUUGUGUUUUCUCAUACAAUUCGAUUUUCAAAAGAAGAAUCGAGUUAUACUGUCGAAAAAAUAAAGCAUUGCGGUUGAAUUUCAUGCUCCCAGGAUAACAGGGUCGAGUGGAAGAAUGUUGGAUCGCGAUACCGCGAUACAUCUCAUUGCUGGAGGAGUGGCUGGAACUACUGGUGCUAUAGUUACUUGUCCCUUAGAAGUGGUUAAAACACGUUUACAAUCUUCUUCUUCUGGAUUUUAUCCACCUCCGGUGAAUAAGGAACUUACUUCCGGUCAUGUCACAUGUAAAAGUUUUCCAAAACCGGAACAGAGGAGAAGACUUUGCACUGGUGGCUAUACAAGGCAUGCUUUGAUUGCUCUCUCUCACUUUGGCGCGUUUGCUUCUUCAGGAGGUUCUUCUCCUCACAGUCAUUCUGCGCCAGGUGUAUAUCAAUGUAUCAGAUAUAUCGUUCAAAACGAGGGUAUUCGUGCCCUGUUCAAAGGAUUGGGUCCUAACCUUGUAGGUGUUGCACCAUCCAGAGCAAUCUAUUUCUGCGCCUACUCAAAAAGCAAAGUCGCAUUUAACGCGAUCUUUGCCCCGGAUACCGCUCUUGUACACGUAUUCUCCGCAUUCUGCGCCGGUUUCGUCGCAUGCACAUUGACAAAUCCUAUUUGGUUCGUGAAGACCAGGCUGCAACUGGACCAUCGAACCAACAAAAUCACUGCGAUGGAAUGUAUGCAAAGGAUAUAUCGACAAUCGGGUAUCCUGGGAUUCUACAAAGGCAUUAUGGCCUCCUACAUAGGAAUAAGCGAGACUGUGAUACAUUUUGUGAUCUACGAGGCUGUGAAGGCCUCUUUAGCAACAUACAAGGCUCCCAAUGCAGAUCGAAAAACAUUGCGCGAUUUCUUAGAGUUCAUGGCGGCUGGCUCGUUCUCAAAAACGAUUGCCUCCACCAUCGCUUACCCCCAUGGCAUUGCUCAGCGAGUUGGCUGUGGUUCAAGAGUAAAGCAUCAGUUUGCACAAACUUCUUUACUUGCAAAAAUCUUUAUAAUUCUUGCAAACAUCCUGCACACUAAAGUAGCAAGGACGAGACUUAGAGAGGAAGGUACGAAAUACCAAACUUUCUGGCAAACAUUGAGCACAGUCUACGCUGAAGAAGGAUUUCAUGGUCUAUAUCGUGGUCUUGGUACUCAUCUAAUUAGACAAAUUCCAAAUACAGCAAUUAUUAUGGCUACGUAUGAAGCGGUGGUAUAUUUGCUAAGCAAGCACUUUCACGAACGAUCUUUAAGCAUAAACAAUGAAAGCGAGUCCAAGUUCUAUACAGAUCCAAAGGGUAAACGAGAAUUGGCCUAGGACUUACUCACGGCCCCUGAGUAAAGGGCCAAAUAGCUCGCAUGCUGCGGCGAGUCUUGAAAUUGCAUCUGUUUUGAAAAAAAGAAAAUGAACCAUAAGAACAACAACGCCGUCCAAGAGAGAGUCCAUACGCCGGGAGAGAACGCAUUUCCGAGUUUGGGGCCAUGCCGGCCGGCCAGGUCCAAUCGAACAUGUCGAAGGUAGCAAAAUAGGUAUCACAGCACGUUGUACGCUGCUGUGUGCUCUAUAAGUGUAGCAAAAAGUAGUCCUUCCUCCUUUCAGGUAGCGUACCUACGUACGCGAGGAACAGCCUAAACUGUCUGUCUGUACCUUCGUCGACACAUUCACACACACAUACACGGAGGCGAGGAUCGUGAAGCUGGAUUAAAUGAGUCAAUUACGUAGACUCAGAAUGCUCCAAAAGUAAGAUUAUGUCAGCUUCUCGUUACUAUUAAUCUGUUAACUGGUUUGUUAAU